GAAUAAUUUUAACCAACUCCAGCUGUCGCCCUGGUGUGGGUGUGUGAGAAAGUGCAUGGCCGUCUGUGAAUGAGAGGAGACUCGAGCGAGGGUGACGUUUAGAUUUACAAAAAAAGCUAGGAUAUUUUGCCUGUUUUUUUUUUGUCGGCAUGAACGCAGAUACGUGCGUCUCGUACUGCGAUAUGACCUCCAUGGAUUCAUAUUAUUCGCCAUCAUCAGGGCAAGGAAGAGUCCAACAGGCCAGUCCUUACAGGACGUUCCAGCCGAGCGACUCCAAAUACAAUCCCACUUUCCUGCCCGCCAAAGGUCAACCUUACGGGGACAAGCCGCGGAGUCCUUUCCACCAAGAGUGUCCGUCACUGGAUGAUAGCACACCCGAGAGCGCCUACAAGUACCAUGUUUUCAUGCAGAGACCCACAUGCAAAACUCCUCCUGAAGACGACAAACUGGAGGACGGCGAGCUCAUCUCAUGCUAUGGUAAAGAUGGCACUAGACUGACAGACACAGAGAUGCCUCAGUCUGCUGAUCCCACAGGUAUUGAUGGUCGUUACAUCAGUGUGAAAGACCUUGGGGUCAAAGGUCAAGUAGAACGGCCUGUCUCUGAGCUCAGCAGUCCUCUGGACAGGACUGAGGCUGAGAGCAACAAAGGCAAGAAGAGACGGAACCGCACCACCUUCACCAGCUAUCAGCUGGAGGAGCUGGAGAAGGUUUUCCAGAAGACACAUUACCCUGAUGUCUAUGCUCGAGAACAACUAGCACUCAGGACAGACCUCACAGAAGCAAGGGUGCAGGUGUGGUUUCAGAAUCGCCGGGCUAAAUGGAGAAAAAGAGAACGCUUUGGUCAGAUGCAGCAGGUUCGAACACACUUCUCAACAGCAUAUGAGCUUCCUCUUCUUACACGACCAGAAAAUUAUGCACAGAUUCAGAACCCAUCUUGGCUAAGUGGCAGCAGCGCAGCCUCACCAGUGCCCGGCUGUGUGGUACCUUGUGAUACUGUAGCUUCCUGUAUGACCCCUCACCCUCACUCUGCUAGUGGUGUGUCUGAUUUCCUUGGUAUGCCAAGUCCGGGUGGGAACAUGGGACAGACACGUAUGGGCAGUCUUUUCGGCAACUCGGGAGUGGGUGGAAUCAUUAAUGGAUUUGAUCUCAGCAUUGAACCAGAUCACAAAUCCUCCAGCAUCGCCAGCCUGCGGAUGAAGGCAAAGGAGCACAGCGCCACAAUCACAUGGGCCACAUGAUGCCUUCAUCUGGGACACAGAAGACCAGACAACCUCAGCCUUAAGCUGUCAGCACUAAUGAGGUGAAAGUUUAUGCCAUCUGGAGCCAAUAUGAACAUGAGAAAUGGAGGCUAGAAAUUUUAAAACACUUGUAAGAGAUUUAAUUUUGAAGUUUUUUAGAGGAAGUGGAUUGUGCAUUGGGACUUUGAGCUUGAAUGUGUGGAAACCGACAAGCCUGUUUUAAAAAGGAGACUGUUUUAUGAAUAUACUGACUUCACAUGUAUUGCUAUUGGAAAAAAUCAGUAUGUACUAUUUUCCCCCAUCA